GGAAAGCCCUUUUAUUAAUUAUUAUUAAAGAAUAAAUCAAUAUGGUUGCUUCCAACAAAGUAUAUGUUAUUGGUGUUGGCAUGUCUAAGUUUAUUAAGCCUCGAGGCGAGGUUGAUUAUCCAGAAUUUGGGCUUGAAGCAGCAGUAAAAGCCUUAAAUGAUGCUAAUAUAACAUAUGAUGCUAUUGAAUAUGCUACUGUUGGAUAUGUUUAUGGUGAUAGUACAGCUGGUCAAAGGGUUUUAUAUCAAUUGGGUAUGACUCAAAUUCCAAUUAUUAAUGUUAAUAAUAAUUGUUCUACUGGCUCUACUGCCCUUUAUCAGGCACGUAAUGCUGUUGCUUCCGGUUUAGUUGAUUGUGCUAUGGCUUUGGGUUUCGAAAGAAUGGCACGAGGUUCACUUACCUCUACUUUUUCUGAUCGCACAAAUCCGUUAGAUCAUGUCAAUAUAGUAAUGAUGCAAGAGUGUGGAUUCGAUCCUAAAGCACCAGCUGCAGCUCAAAUCUUUGGUAAUGCUGGUAUUGCCUAUAUGGAGAAAUAUGGUGCUACGUCUGAACAUUUGGCAAAGAUCGCUGAAAAAAAUCAUCGUCAUAGCUCAAAAAACCCUUAUUCACAAUUUCGUGAAAUCUAUACACUUGAACAAGUGAAGCAAUCCCCUAAAGUCUUCGGACCGCUAACGAAACUACAAUGCUGCCCUACUUCUGAUGGUGCUGGUUGUGCUAUAUUAGCUAACGAAAACUUUAUUAAUAAGUAUAAUUUAUGGGAUCAAGCAGUAGAGAUUGUUGCUCAAGUUAUGGCAACCGAUUCUCCUCGUAUGUUGACAACUGAUGCUAUUGAAUGGGCUGGUUGUGAUAUGACACGACGAGCUGCUACUGAUGCUUAUAAAAAAGCUGGUAUCACACCUAAUGAUAUCAAGGUGAUUGAGCUUCAUGAUUGUUUCUCUGCCAAUGAGCUUUUAACAUAUGAUUCUCUUGGAUUAACGCCAGUUGGUAAAGCGCACACAUUAAUUGAUUCCAAUGAUAACACUUAUGGAGGUAAAUAUGUUAUCAAUCCAUCUGGUGGUUUAAUCUCUAAAGGUCAUCCUCUGGGCGCUACUGGUCUUGCUCAGUGCACAGAACUUGUUUGGCAGCUGCGUAAUUGGACUGGAGAACGUCAAGUUCCAGAUGUAGAAUAUGCUCUUCAACAUAAUAUUGGUUUAGGUGGAGCAGUUGUAAUUACUAUCUAUAAGAAGGCCAAUAAAAGAACUUGUCAGCCUCGCAUUGGUUAUAACCCUGCUACUGAAGCAAGAUCUAUAAACAAGGAAGAUUAUGACAAAGCUGCUUCAAAGCAAACAAAUAGGGCUGAAUUCUUGGAAGCUAAAUUAUAAACAUUUUUAUUAUUUUGAAUAAAAAUAAUAUUCUGUAUACUUUUGAUUAAAUAAAUGUAUCGUUUUAUUUACAUAUUA